AUGACUGACUGUAAGAAGGGAGUUGGUGAAGUUGACGGUCGAUCAGUAGCUGUGGUUGAUACUCCAGGACUCUUUGACACAUCACUGCCAAAUAAACAAGUGGUGGAUGAAAUAGUGAAAUGUGUUUCACUCUCAUCUCCUGGACCUCAUGUGUUUGUCAUUGUGUUGAGUUUGGGAAGAUUCACCAAGGAAGAAACAGACACUGUGGAUCUGAUAAAGAAGAUCUUCGGUCCAAAAGCUGCUCAGUUCAGCAUCGUUCUGUUCACUAGAGGAGACGAACUUGAGGGUGAAUCUAUAGAGGAUUAUGUGGAGAGAAGUAAGUCUGCUGAACUGAAGAAACUGAUCAGAGAUUGUGGAAACAGAUUCCUGUCUUUCAAUAACAGAGAAAAACAAGACAGAACUCAAGUGAGCCGACUGUUAAACAUGAUAGAAGAGGUGAAGAACAGUAAUCAGGGUCGAUACUUCACUAACAGCAUGUUUGAGGAGGCAGAGAUGUCCAUUAAGAAGAGAAUGGAGGAAAUAAUGAAAGAGAGAGAAAGAGAGAUUCAUGCUCAAAGAGAAGAAUUAGAAGCCAAAUAUGAGCUGGAAAAGGAAAACCUGAUGAAGAGACUCGAGGAAGAGAAACAAAGAGCAGAUGAGGAGAGAAUGAAGAUGGAGAAUAAAUUCAGAGAAACAGAGGAAAAACUCAGAAAAGAGUCUGAAGAAAAAGAGAAAACAGAAAAGAAGGAAAGAGAGAAGGAAAACCAGAAACGAUCAGAAGAAGAAAAACAGCGAAGAGCUGAAUAUAUAAAAAAAAUUUUAGAAAUGAAGAGAGAGAUUGACAAUCAGAGAUCACACUUCCCCUAG